GUUUCCGGGUAGGCCGCUCCUGAAAAAGUUUUGAACAGAAAUGAUUUUUAAUUUCUGAGAAAAGAAACUGAAACAGAUCUGAUCCAUCACAGCAGCGCGCAGAUGUCCGAGCAGAGUGGACUGAUGCUUCGCUGAUGAUGCGCCAUGUCCUCAGUGGAGAACACCGAGGUUUACAUCCCUACAGAUGCCUGCGUCCGAAACAUCUCCGUGCAGUGCCUUCCUCCGUCCAUCGCCAGAAAGAUGGGCGUGCGACCUUCACCGAGAGAGCCGAACGGCUCGCCUCAGACGGUCACGUGGAUCUGUCCGGUGGAACUGCGAGAAAAAGGCUCGUCCUCCAGCAGGACGGCACAGACGCACCGUUUUCUGACCCAGGGUCAGUUCAGGCUGCCGGUGGUGAGCUCCAACCCCACGGCCUCCAGAAUCUUCAGCAAGUUUCUGUACUCGGGUAAAAGCGUCCUGCAGGCUGGCGAGCCGGACGCUCCAGUGGCCUGUAGCAGAGUGUCCAGCCACAGAAAGAACGCCAUCAUCCUUUAUGACGGUCAGAUAUUCCUCUCAGUGAGGAGGAAAAGGGUGCUGUCCAGCCAAUCGGAUUCAAAGAGCCUCCUCUCACCUGUCCCUGCGUCACAGAAACACCUGUUUAAGGCUCCGCCCCUUUCCUCAGCACAGAGAGGCUCACCUGAGCAGAUACAAAGCACUGAGAUGCAGCUCAGAGAGUUAAGCAGCGGCCAGCAGGGGGCAGUGUUUCCACCUCAGGUUUCACCAGACACAGGGAAGCAGCCUCAGGAAGAGCACAAAUGUGGAGCGAUUGCUGAUUUCAGCUCACAGACUGAUCCAGUGCAGGAAAUCAUGGAUGGUAUAAAAGAAGAAUUGUCAGAAACGUCUGAUUCAGGGAGUGAUGGAGGGAUUAGAGACACCGUGGAGCAGAGGAGGAAUAAAAGAGGUGAUGGCCAGGCAGAAGAUGGGGAUAGGAAAGACGAGGAACCAGCGGGAAGAGAAACUGGACGUCCAUCUGAUGAGGAACGUGAUAAAGGAGGUGAUGUGGGUGUUGAACCAGUGGGGAACGUUGAGGAAGGUGACCAGCAGGCUGAUGGACAGCUGGAUAAAGGAGAUGAUGUUAAGAAUAUCAUGGAUAAUUCACAUCUUAACGGCGUGAAUUUGAGCAUUGUUGACGUUAAGACACUGAGUGCUGCUAGCAGGAACGCUAGCAUUAGCACUGAGCUCUAUGAAGUGAUGGACACUGAAGCUGACCUGGAGAGCAGAGCUGAUGGUGACGUCACUGAAGCUCCUGAAGCUGGUGCUGCUGAAGAACGUGAGACUGAUGAUAAGAGUUCACCUGCCAAACCCUGCAGAAGUGAUUCUGAGAUAUUUCCCGUUAUAUCCCACAUCACUUCCCUGGCUGAAGGCUGGAAUGAUGCAGUUGGGAUUGAAAACUAUGGAAUUUUCUUGAGCAGCUCAGAAGAGCCAAAAUCAGAGGAACCUCAGCACCGUGAAUCUGCUGAUGGAGAACCACUCAAACACACGGUCACCUCUGAGGUUUCUGCUCAAGCCCAAGCCCCUCCUCCAGACCCCAGUGUGCAGGAGAACGGAGGAGAGCGUCUUCUACCCUGCUUUGUGCUGCCUCUAGAAACCGGCGAGCUGGAUUUUGAGGAUCUAGAGCGGGGAGAGAGGGUCCGUCGCCUCAGAAACGCGCUGAGGAAGAUGGAGGCCAAACUGGAAAAAGUGAACAGCCAGCGAUGAGACUGCAGAUGAGGUGCUGGGGUGUAAAACGAUUCCAGAAAUCAGCUCUUAAAAAACAUUUUUCAAAGCAGAAAUCACCUCUAGAAAACAUAAAUCAUCUUCGAAACAGAAAAUAGCUAUAAAAAUGUUCCAGAAAAUAGUUCUCGAAAACAUACUCCAAAAAUAGAGAGCGUCAGAAAACAGAAAGUAUCUCUAGAAAAACGACUGUGAAAUUUUUUUUCCCAAAAAGGAAAUCGCUCUAGAAAACAGACUACAGAAAAGAGCUCUAGAAACAUUUUCCAGUACAGAUAAAAGGGUUUUUUUUCAGGAAGUAAUGCCGUUGCACCUAAAAGAUAUUGUGCAAAAGGCUUACGUUAGGGUUGGGCAGCAUAAUGAUAAUAAGAUGUACUACCUUAUUUUCUAGAGCCACAAAUAGCUCAAGAACAGAGCAAUAAAAAAGAAAAUAGCUCUAGAAACAUUUUUCAAUGGAAAGAACAGCUCUAGAAAGCAUGUGCCAUACAGAACACGGUCCUAGAAAACAUCUUCAGUGCAGAAAAAAAACAGAGAAACCAUCUUCGAAUAGCCCUAAAACGUACUCGGUACAGAAGACGGCUCUAGAAAACUGUAUGAUCUUCAGCUCCAUAAAUCAAGAACUUAACAACUCUAAGAAAGUUCUGAUAGAAAACAGCCCCUCAAAACGACUCUAGAAACGGGUUUAGAGAGCAGAAAAGAGCUCUAGAUACGGUGAGAAACAGCUGCAUCUCAGUGAAAAUUGUGAAAACUGAUGACUUUAUUUCAUUUUAGGUUUUUGUUUUGUUUAUUUGGCAUUUUUGAUGCGUACGUCUGCACAGGCAUUAUGGAGAUUGUAUUAUUUAUUUAACUGACAGAUUUUUGUGUUUUCAGAUGAUGUAAUAUAAACAGAUAAUGGUGGGCAGAUGAAAACGCUGUGUACGUGUGUGUUUGCAGAGACUAGAAUCCAGAGACUGAUCUGAGAGAUUAUGUUCUUUUGUAACUGCAUUUGUUUUGUUAAAUGAGAAACAAACACGGCGGAACAGAAGAUAUAAUAAUAUAUUAUUUGUUUGUUUACAAGUUUAAUAGUGUAGCUAAGGAGAUUCUCGCUCUGCUGAUUAUUAAAAAUAAGUAGUUUAAAAGGUCAGAUGGUGUAAUUUUGUGCGUCGUUCGCUGCUGAUGAGGCUGAGCUGCUCUGUCCUUUGAUAUGUGGUCCUGAAUCUCAGGCCACAUCGUGUCUUUGUUCCGAGUUGUUUGUUCUUUGUUUGUUUAUCUGAGUGCCGGCUGUUCUGCACUUUAUCAGCUCAGUUCGCAGCUGAUGCUCAUCCGUUGUUAAUAUCUACUGUGAUAAUAAAACUCCAGCCCUGUCAUCACCA